CUAACCUCACAAUUUCAAUCCAAAAUUUUGGCUCGCAACACGUGAAACGUGAAAACUUUCCACAAUGUGUGAAUUCUCUAGUUUUAAACCUCUUUAAUCUGUAUAUAGAUACCAUAUAAUGGCUAAACUUAGCACUCGGUUCGAUUUAUGCCGCUUAAUCGAUCUCAAAAGUUUAUUAGGAGUUUCUGAAGAUUCAGAACCCGGCUGCGUCAUUGUCACUCUUGGCAAGAACAUUGUCAUUAGAUUCAAAAUAAAUGACCAGAAGCAAGAAAGCAGUUGGAGUAGUAAGGAUAAACUAUCCGCACCCGUUGUUUUUGACAAUAACCAAGAGCAUUAUGUAGGUGUUUUUAAUGGAAACCAAAUUCGGCUGUGGACAAAAGAAGCAGAUCAAUUAGAUAAAAUAAAAAAAUACAAAUUUAGCAAGGAAAUCUUCGGUGUCAUCGCUCAUAAUGAGUUGAAGCGCACCACUGUUGUCGUCUUUCGGGAUGGCUGUGUUCUCCCUCUCAGUGUGGCGCUGGAAGAUCGCAAAAAUAUUCCUGAUACAGGGUCAUUUUUAAACGCGACUCAAACUAUUGAUCAAGCUCAGCUACUCUCCAUAUGGAAUCAUGAAUUUGUCGUCUUGCACACUACAAAGGACCAGGAAAUCACAUGCUUGGAGUUGGUACCCCUGUUACCAGAAACACUUUCUCAUGUUAGUUUGGAACUCAAGUAUCCUGACGAUGAUGGUAUUAAAUUAGUCGGCCAUUGCGUUCAUGCUUUUGAAUCGUGUCAACUCAUCACUCUCUGGUCGAAUGGAAAAUUGUAUUCUAUGGAACUGCUGACAAGCGUGACUCAGUCUUUUCCUGGUCGGUGCCUAGCUACAUUGUCUGUUUUAAAUUCCAAACACCCGGUAAAAAUUACUUCAAUUGGUUCUCACCAUAUUGCUAUCUAUGGUGCAGAUCCCUCUGAAGAAGGAGCUGUGCUGAUAAUUUUCAAUAUUCAAUUUAGUCUGGUACAGUGUAGGCAACUUUUCAAAUUAUUCUCCAACCCCCCUCGACUGUGGGUAAUCGGAUCGAAUCUUAUUUUAGCUGAGCAGCAACACUUGAAAGUGAUACCUUUCAGGUUAUCAGCUCAAAGACUAUCCGCUUUAAUUGGAUCUCAUCGGCCAGCGCAGAGAGAAGGUGUCACGGUCGGUGAAUGGGUGGGGCAGCUGUCUUUGAAAAAAACUGGCCAAAAACCAUUACCUCCCUCCGAUGUUUUUCCAGAAUCCGUCGUAGAAACAAUUAAAGAAUUAACGCUUUCAGGCUCCUCUGAAUCUGUGAUUUGUGAAGUAGUAGUCCCUCAACUGAUAGAGAAAAACAGUUUAGCUGGUCUAACGUGGAUACUUCACUUUUUUGUCGACAUCCCAGACGCCUCCCUUCUGAAGAUUCUAGUGCAUUGUUUAAAAAAUCCGUCUGAAACUGAGCAAAAGGGUGUCGCUUCCUUGAUUCUUCAAAAGCCAGCCGUACAAAACGUUAGAUUGUUUCGGAGUCACAGCUCAUUUCAAUCUACCGUUAAUCUAUUGUCAAUAAUUAAUGAGCUACUAGGUGAAUCUUUAGGCGAUUGUAAUAUUUUGAACUGGGCUUGCCUGUGUCUGGAUGCUUAUUACCAACAAUUUUUACUCAUCAAGGAUGCUUCAACCUUAGAAUUGCUGAAGUCUGUCGCAGAUGCAGUCUCAUCAGAGUUGGAUUACAUGGAAUCACUCAAGGAACUAGGAGCAACCGUUAGAGUCCUCAAUAGUGGGGAACAAGGACUAAAUCGGAAGAAUCAUACCCUAAAUAAAAAAUAUGCGAUUCAUUUUUUGCAUUUUUUCAAUUCCUCUUAAUUUUGUAAGUAGUUGUUUUUUCUUGUUGUAAAUUAGUCAUAUUUUGUAAAUAAACACAAUUUUUUUAUCAAAAGAA